AUGUGGACCCAACAGACCCAAGAUGUGGACCAAACAGUGACCCAAAAUGUGGACCCAACAGUGACCCAAAAUGUGGACCCAACAGUGACUCAAGAUGUGGACCCAACAGUGACCUAUGGUGUGGAUCCAAGAUGUGGACCCAAGAUGUGGACUCAGCAUGCUCCCAACAGUGACCCAAGAUGUGGACCCAACAGUGCUCCCAUCAGUGACCCAACAGUGCUCCCAACAGUGACCCAAAAUGUAGACCCAACAGUGACCCAAGAUGUGGACCCAACAGUGAUCCAAGAUGUGGACCCAACAGUGACCCUAGAUGUGGACCCAACAGUGACCCCAAUAUGUGUACCCAACAGUGCUCCUAACAGUGACCCAAAAUGUGGGCCCAACAGCGACUCAAAGUGUGGACCCAACAGUAGUGACCCAAGAUGUGGAUCCAACAGUGACCCAAGAUGUGGACCCAACUGUGACCCAAGAUGUGGACCCAACAGCGACCCAAAAUGUGGACCCAACAGUGACCCAAAAUGUGGACCCAACAGUGACCCAAGAUGUGGAGCCAACAGUGACCUAAGAUGUGGAGCCAACAGUGACUCAAGAUGUGGACCCAACAGUGACCCAAGAUUGACCCAAGAUGUGGACCCAACAGUGACCCAAAAUUUAGACCCAACAGUGACCCAAGAUGUGGACCCAACAGUGAUCCAAGAUGUGGACCCAACAGUGACCCUAGAUGUGGACCCAACAGUGACCCCAAGAUGUGUACCCAACAGUGCUCCUAACAGUGACCCAAAAUGUGGGCCCAACAGCGACUCAAAGUGUGGACCCAACAGUUGA